AUGACAUCACUAUCGCCAUGUCUUUCUGGAACAAUCUCUCCCUCAACUUCAUUGGCUAGUCCAGAUGCGACUGAUAUGUGGACACCUAGCAAUGCCACUUUACUAAACUACUCUUCAAAUUAUGGUGACCAACCUAGUCCAUCGACAACUGAUGUCUACAACGAAUCUAUUUCCCAUCUGGCAAGUUUAACGUUUUUCAAAGUAAUUUCACCAUUGUCAUUUCGACUAACUAGCAGUUGGGAUGAAACUACACAAAGGGAGGAAGAAGCGUGCAUUGAAAAGACUAGUCGCGAAGCAUGCCAAGUGAUUGCUCCAAACGCUGGCGAAGAGCUUUUUCAAGCUAUGAAUUCUACAAGUGAUAUUCAUGUCUCUGAAAAACUUGCAUGCAGCCCUUCGAUAGAUAGAUAG